AUGGCUACUGGACUAAAUAUACCAAAUACUGUAAUAAAUAAUGUUAAUAAGGGUGUUGGUUUGGAAUUCAGUGAUUUAGGGGAUAAAUCGGAAAAAAUUUUUAAAGUGCUAAAAAACUCCAAAGAAUCAUUUGAAAAUUAUUUUAAUCUCUUUCAACAAAGGAAUUUUAAUUCUGAUUUGGGUGAUGUGUUUCCGGAUGUUAGAGUUGAUAACCUGGACCGUGUAUUAUCAAGGCUCAAACUGGCUUUAAAUUUACUUAACCCUAGUGUAAAAGAAGUUAAUAGGGUGUUAUCGGAAUUUUCAAACUUAACUAAAAAGGUUGAUGAAAUAAGAGAAAUUACACAGAAUAUUGAAUUCUCGGACGAUUUUAUACGUUUAUCCGAGAUUGAAAAUAGUUUAAAUAAUAAUUAUCUAAAACUAAAUUCGGUAGAAAAAUUGAAAUUACAUCUUAACCCAUUGAUUCCAAAUGUCGAUAUUACACCUUCACUCUCCGAUAAGGAGAGUUUGGAGGAAAUUUCGGCCAUAAUCACAGCGUCAGAACAGUUGAAAAUUUCCAAACAAUUUUGCGAAAAUUUAAAUCAAUUCCUUCAAAAAACAGAAUCAACAGAUUAUAAAAUAGUAAAUGAAUCUCUAUCAUCUAUAAAUAAGAGUUUUGAUCAUGUUUGUCAAUUAUGUUUUGAGGUUUUAUGUAAGGAAAUGGACCGUAUUUCAGUUUUAUCCUCUAGACUAAAUUGUGAUUCCGGAGUCAUCAAUGAACCACUCAUCAAUAUUCCAAACACACAAGAUACUCUUAAUAUUAUAUCCAUUUUCGAAGAUCAUGAUACCCAAUACGCUACUAAUCACAAUAUUAACACUGUAAAUACAAAUUAUGGAAAUGAUGUAAAUCAUCCUAACAACACGGACCCUGUAAACAGAUUAACUAGUAUGAACUCAUUAACUAGUAUAAACAGAUUAAAUACUGUGAACAGUUUAAAUAGUGUGACUGAACAAAGUUAUUCCAUGAGACUAUUGAAGAUAAUGAUAACAAGUGGAGAGAAAUUAGAACAACUUCUUAGUUACUGUAUUGAGUUUUUGUCAAAUUUAUCAAGAAAACGUUACUCAGCUUUAUUGCAAUAUAUUAAGCCUAAAAAUAGGGACAAUAACAGCGUGUACGACGUGUUCAUGAACUUACAGCUGGUAAUUUCAUUGAUUAAAUCAAGUGUUAUUUCACUCUACACCAACUGUGAAUUGGAUUUAUACACUCAAAAUCAUCAGGACUUUAAAGUAUUGACAGCCCAAGAAUAUAUACACAAAGUUACCGAAACACUCAUACCACUGCUAGAAAAUAAACUAGACACCAUCAUCACACAUGACUCUGUUGUUAGUGAGGAUGAGCAUAUCACUGAUGUAACUGAGAAUAUAACUAUUGGGCCUGUAAUGGGAUUGAAUGAGAUAGUUGAGUUGUACACAGCAAUACAAAUUUGUCAUUUCUAUUAUAAUAAGAUUUCAAACAUAUUAAAACCCCCAUAUUUACAAGUUUAUAAUACAAUUUCAUCAUUUGAAACCUUCAAUUCAAGUUCUUUAACUAAAAAUACUAGUGUACUCGGUAGUCCUAAUGAUACUCUUAAUGAUACUCCUAAUGAUAGUGUAAAUAAUGUGGAUGGACCUGUAUUAAUAAGUUUUAAUAGAUUGUGUAAUAAUUGGAAUGAAAUGAUAAUGUUAAAGUUACAAAAGAGUAUAACAAUUCCAUUAUCAAGUCAAGAUUUUAAAGGCCAUGAGUCUGAAGUUUUAAAUACAAUUGCUAAUUUUCUAAGUGAAAUCGUGUCAAUUCAACUUGAGUAUUCAGUUUCAGAUGAUUUGGUGACCAUUCUUGAAAUGACAAUUAACCCUGUAAUUAACUGGUGUCAAAGGGUUUCCAAUUCACUACCCAAUGGAUAUAUUUUCUUAUUAAACUCUUAUUCUACGCUUUUAAGCUCGAUUCAAUCACCAUUGGUUGAUAAAUCAUUUAAAUUAUUAUUGGAAGAGUUGAAGGAAUUUGUUAUUGAAUCUUUAGUAAAUGGGAUGAUUCCCACAAUAAUCACAGCUCUAGGUGGGAAGUUAAUUGAAUUAGAAUCACACCAAGUUGAAUCUAAUGACACAUUUUUACACAAUGUAAAGUCUGUAAUAUUCACUGAUGGGAUUUUGGAAUUUGUACCAUCUGAACAACUAAGUCAACUUGAUUCCACUAAUUUGAAAUCAAUAUUAAAAAGAAUUUAUAUAUACUUGGCAAAAGUCUAUCAAACUAAUUUAAAUGAUGAUAUUUCCAAUAAACUCAUUACACUCUCCAAUACUUAUUCUUAA